GUUGUCUGGAACUACCUUGGGGCAAUUCAUCUAAUAUUGGGAUUCGUUAGCCUAGUGGUUUCGCCUUGUGCUCUACUGAUCCUAACUUUCUCUUGUUUCGUUGUUGUCUUUCGCACGUCAUCGGUGCUCCCCUAGUGCGAAAAAAAAAAAGUCGGAACUAGGACAAGAUGGCACCGAAAAAGGGUGGCACCGCGAACAAGUCGCGGGGAAAUGCUACUGAAGAAGUAGAGGAGACAUUGCAGGCUGUCGUCCUUGCGGAUACUUUCGAGACUAGAUUCGAGCCUUUCACCCUUGAUAAGCCUAGAUGUUUACUGCCGCUCGCGAACACCCCAUUGAUUGAGUAUACGUUCGAGUUUCUUGCCAAUGCAGGCGUCGAGGAAGUCUUUUUGUACGGCGGUGCACACUCGGAUCAGCUGGAGAAUUACAUCAACACAUCGAAAUGGAGAUCCCCUUCGUCACCGUUUAAACAAUUUACCUUCCUCAAGUCAACUUCUACAUCCGUCGGAGAUGUCAUGCGAGACCUCGACGGCAAACACCUGAUCACCGGUGAUUUCCUUGUCGUGAGCGGCGAUGUGAUUAGCAAUCUGCCCAUCGAAGGUGCGUUGGCCGCGCACCGUGCUCGCCGUGAGGCCGACAAAAAUGCGAUUAUGACUAUGAUAUUGCGGGAGGCUGGCGGGAACCACCGGACAAAGGCCUCUUCUGUUUCACCUGUCUUCAUUGUCGACCCGACCAAGGACCGCUGUCUCCAUUACGAGGAGAUUGACCAUUAUUCUCCCGAAUCAUCUCGCCUGACUAUCGACACCGAACUCCUUGAAACACACGCGGAGAUCGACAUCCGCCAGGACCUCAUUGACUGCAACAUUGACAUCUGCACUCCCGACGUCCUGAGUCUGUGGUCCGACAGUUUCGAUUAUCAGACCCCACGGAAGCAAUUUCUUUUCGGCAUUCUGAAAGAUUACGAACUGAACGGGAAGACGAUACAUACACAUAUCAUUACAGAUUACUACGUAGCCCGUGUGAGGAACCUGAAAGCUUAUGACGCGAUUAGCAAGGAUGUCAUUUCGCGGUGGGCAUACCCCCUGUGCCCAGACACUAAUCUGCUACCCGGACACAACUACGACCUCCGAAAAGGAAACCUAUAUCAGGAACAGGGUGUUACUCUAGCUCGUUCGUGCAUCGUGGGCCGGAGAACGGUAAUCGGCCAAGGCACGAGCCUUGGCGACAAGACGACCGUGAAGAAUACAGUACUGGGAAGAAAUUGUAAGAUCGGGAAGAAUGUCACCUUGGAUGGCGCUUACAUUUGGGACAAUGCUGUCAUUGGUGAUGGGACGACAGUUUUCCAGGCGAUUAUCGCCGAUGGUGUGGUAGUAGGCAACAGCUGUAAGGUUGAGCCUGGUGCCUUAAUUUCUUUUGGUGUGAAGAUCGCCGACGGGAUCACUGUGAGUGAGGGAAUGCGUAUCACAAAGGCCUUGAGCCAAGAAGAUGGAAGUCAGCCAGAAAACGACGCAGAUAUUGUUGGGGAAGGCGGAGAGGGCUACGAAUACGUCCCUUAUGAAGACGAGGACGAGGAUGAGACUGCCAGUAACGCCUCGUCAGGCCUGAUUUACAAUAUGGCACGACUUUCCCUUUCUACAGAAUCGAUCUCUACUCUAUCUUCUGAGAUCUCAGACUACGGCAGAUCCCGCUCCGGAAGUUUUGCAACUUCAGUUUCAGAUGAUGACGAACAGGAUCACCAUUUCGUUCACGACGCCACGACCAGUAUCUACGACAGCUUACGGGACGGCGUUUCCUCUGAUGUUGUGCAACUGGAGCUGGUGAGUCUCCGUAUGACAGCGAACGCCUCGGAUUACCAAGUCCGACGAGCUGUCGUGUCCGCCUUCAUGAAGCGCAUUGCGCAAUUAAUGGAGGGCGGCCAGGGGGCAGGGGAAGCCGUCAAGGACAUCUUCGGCAAGUAUCAUGAGAUUAUCGAUCGCGCAUUGUUCGACCGUGAGCGUAGUGCGAAGACGGAUCAAGUGGAUCUGUUGGUUCUGCUGCAGCAGGAUCUUGUGCAUCGUGUUCGCGGCGAGACUGUCCUGUUGUUCGCGGCCAAGGAAUUGUAUGAUCUGGAGGUGUUGGAAGAAGAAGCGUAUGAGCAGUGGUGGGCAGAUGAACGGUCUAGUAACAGUGAGGAAAUGCGAAAGGUGCGAAGCCAAACGCAACAGUUUGUGGAUUGGCUUGCGAACGCCGAAGAAGAGGAAAGUAGUGAAGAGGAAGAGGAAGAGAGUGAAGAAGAAGAUGAUUGAGCAUUGAAUCUACCUACCUCAGAAUAUUUGAGCGCCUUCUGAAAGAAUCAAAGAAUCAAAGAUCGGUUCAUGAUGUAGUGUUGCCUGGCUGCCUGGUGGAUGGAUGCCUUAGCAUAGCGUGACUUGUCCGAUAUUCAUCCGAAGUAUCUAUCUAUCCUAUCUAUUCUU